AUGGUGGCACCUAAAUUGGGUUUAUCAUCCCAUGCGCUAGUCACACUGGCACCCACCGAUGGGUGCAAUUGUCGUCAAAGGGUUAAACUUCCAACUGGACCUUACUUAAAAUUAAAGGAAACUUACAUUACAUCGAAACCGUGGGAAACUUACAUUACAUCGAAACCGUGCGGCUCCGAAGCGAGCCACAAACCCCGAUCGAAGAUCUUUCGCAGUCGGAAUGACAUCCGUCAUCAGAGAGCCAACAAUUCCAAUGAAAAAGAAAGCAUACAGGGAGAUUGUGAAUACGAGGAAUGGCCAUAUUAAUUGAAACCUAAAGUAGGACAGAUGCUCAUUGUUGUCGUCGACAAAACCGCUCUUAAGUAAUCGAUUCUCCUGCUUCGUCUUUGGUACCUGAAUGAUAGGUCGCACUUCGGAAUAACUCGGAGGUGGCGGAGGAACAUCCAUAAUGGCGUCUCUAUAAGUAAUUGGAUGAGGGCUAAGAAAUGA